AUGCCAAAACGCAUAAUCAUAACCGGCGGGUCCGGCCAAGUCGGCCGCCAUAUAAUCACUCAACUCCUCGGCAAAGGCCACAGCAUCCUAAACCUGGAUCUCACGGCAGGCCCACCGACAGUGCACACCAUCAAAACCGAUCUGACAAACGGUGGCGACGUCUACAACGCUCUUAACUCACACUUUGCCUUGUCUGAACCCUUUCCUGCACAACCGUCCUGCGUCCCGGACGUCCUUAUCCAUCUCGCCGGCCACGCGCGCAACAUGCUCGUUCCUGACAACAGGACGUUCCGGGACAAUGUCACUGCGGCGUAUAAUGUGCUGGACGCGGCGUGCAAGCUGGGCAUCAGGAAGAUCAUCGUCGCGAGCUCGAUAUGCGCGUAUGGGGUGACGUAUGCGUAUGGCGAUGUGGAUUUCGCUUCUUUCCCUGUUACCGAGGAGCAGACGGUGCCCGCGCCCAUGGAUCCAUAUGCGCUGUCGAAACGAUGUACGGAGGUUCUUGCGGAGGGGUUCGCAAAGCGGUUUGCCGGUUUUGAUGUGUAUGUUUUGCGGAUUGGGAGGGUAGUCCUCCCCGGUGACUACAAUGCAGCUUUUGAGUCGUACGUGAAGGAGCCAGUUAGGUGGAAGGGGCAUGGGUGGUCGUAUGUGGAUGUAAGGGAUCUGGGGGCCAUGUGUGAGCGCGGCGUUGAAGUGAAUGGACUGGGUUUCCAGAUCUUCAACGCGGUCAAUGAUGAAAUUACGUGUGACAGGAAGGCUGGGGAGCUUGUUGCGGAGGUUUGUCCUGCGGUUCCGGUGACGAGGGAGCUGGAGGAUCGCGAGGCCCCGAUUUCAAAUGCGAAGAUCAAGCUCUUGUUGGGGUUCAGGGAGGAGCAUUGUUGGAGGGAUUACUAUGUACCACAGGAAUAG